AUGUCAUCACAAGACGCUUCGACUGUACAGACUUCAUACCAUGACUGUACCUACGUCACACCGCCAUACCAUGACAGUACCCACGUCACACCGCCAUACCAUGACCUUACCCACGUCACACCUUCAUACCAUGACCUUACCCACGUCACACCGCCAUACCAUGACAGUACCCACGUCACAACGUCAUACCAUGACUGUACCUACGUCACACCGUCAUACAAUGACUAUACUCACGUCACACCUUCAUACCAUGACCUUACCCACGUCACACCGCCAUACCAUGACAGUACCCACGUCACCCCGCCAUACCAUGACAGUACCCACGUCACAACGCCAUACCAUGACCUUACCCACGUCACACCUUCAUACCAUGACCUUCCCCACGUCACACCGCCAUACCAUGACAGUACCCCCGUCACACCGCCAUACCAUGACAGUACCCACGUCACAACGUCAUACCAUGACUGUACCUACGUCACACUGUCAUACCAUGACUUAACUCACGUCAUACCGUCAUACCAUGACUGUACCAACGUCACACCGUCAUACAAUGACUAUACUCACGUCACAACGUCAUACCAUGACUGUACCUACGUCACACUGUCAUACCAUGACUUAACUCACGUCAUACCGUCAUACCAUGACUGUACCAACGUCACGCCGUCAUACCAUGACUGUACCCACGUCACAUCGUCAAACCAUGACUGUACCCACGUCACAACGUCAUACCAUGACUGUUCUCACGUCACACCGUCAUACCAUGACUUAACUCACGUCAUACCGUCAUACCAUGACUGUACCAACGUCACAACGUUAUACCAUGACCUUACCCACGUCACACCGCCAUACCAUGACUAUACUCACGUCACAACGUCAUACCAUGACUGUACCUACGUCACACCGUCAUACAAUGACUAUACUCACGUCACAUCGUCAAAGCAUGACUGUACCCACGUCACACAGCCAUGCCAUGACUGUUCCGACGUCACAGCAUCAUACCAGGACUGUUCUCACGUCACACCGCCAUACCAUGACCUUACCCACAUCACACCGUCAUACCAUGACUAUACUCACGUCACAACGUCAUACCAUGAUUGUACUCACAUCACACCGCCAUUUCAUGACCUUACCCACGUCACACCGCCAUACCAUGACUGUACUCACGUCAUACCGUCAUACCAUGACUGUACUCACGUCACACCGCCAUACCAUGACAGUACCCACGUCACCCCGCCAUACCAUGACUGUACCCACGUCACACCGUCAUCCCAUGACUGUACCCACGUCACACCGUCAUCCCAUGACUGUACCCACGUCACAACGUCAUCCCAUGACUGUACCCGCGUCACACCGCCAUACCAUGACUGUAUUCACGUCACAUCGUCAUACCAAGACUGUUCCGACGUUACACCGUCAUACUAUGACUGUACCCACGUCACACCGCCAUACCAUGGCUUUACCCACGUCACACCGUCAUACCAUGACUGUACCCGCGUCAUACCGUCAUACCAUGACUGUACUCACGUCAGUCUGUCUUACCAUGACUGUUCCGACGUCAUACCGUCAUAUCAUGACUGUGUACCCACGUCACACCGCCACACCAUGACAGUACCCACGUCAUACCGUCAUCCCAUGACUGUACUCACGUCACUCUGUCUUACCGUGACUGUUCCGACGUCAUACCGUCAUAUCAUGACUGUGUACCCCCGUCACACCGCCAUACCAUGA